AUGAUGCGGCGAGGUCAUACAGGAAUAGGUGGAUGGCGCAAUGAAAAUCCGAGGCAUUUUAGGCCUCGAAACGGCGGUAAUCCACAUUUCAGGACAUCCAGAAACUUUAGACUAUUGGAUACACCAAGAUUCCCGCCACCGAGUUCAAGGUCAAUACGACCACAGUUUCAUACUCAUUCUGAAAAUCAAGAACAAAACAUAAGUGAUCAUUCAGAUAGAAAUAGAUAUAGAAUUAAUAGACACAAUCGACACAAUGAUUACCAGAAAAAACAUCAUCAUGGUGAAAGACAAAUUUUACCAAUGUUGCAACAAUCUAGACAUAGCAUUGAUAAUCACAGAAACACUUUUUCUGAUUCAUCGAACUGUUACGAAAACAAUGCUAUACAUGUUAAUAGCAUGGGUGAUGUGGACCAUCGUCAAUUCAAUACUCAUAUGAGAGAACCUUAUAGACAAGGUCCCUUCAUAAAUCCAUGGGAGCCAGACACUAAUAUACAACAACCUAUUGAAAGGUCUCACAAUAAACCCCAUAGUUCAGAAGGAGACGUAUAUAAAGCAUCAGCUUAUACUGGACACAGACCACCAGCGUCUGAUCACUAUGGCUGUAAUCCUACACAUUCAUUUUCAACGAGUGACAACUCUCGCACCUUUAGUCGCUCUGUAGAUGAUACUGUUGAUAUUGUAAGAAGGAGAUUGCUAAACCGCAAUGAAGUUCAAAGUGUAUCAGAAAAUUAUGAUAAUAAUCAAAAUACUACUGAUUUUGAAAAUCAAAGACUAACAGACUGUACACCAACAGACUGUUUACCAAAUAAUCAGCAAGAACAGCCAACAAAAAAAAGAUAUCAAAAACAAAAACACAUUGAAAAGUCCAAUUGUGCUAAAAUCAAAAAUAAAAUUGUGCAUCAGCUAUUCAAGAUGGAUAAAGAGAAAAUUCAUAAGCUCAUGGACAAUCCAAAUUCUUCUCAUAAAUUUGAAUAUGCUAUCAGCAGUCUUAUAACAGAAUCGCAGAAUAGCUUUAACAAGCACUUAAGGUCAGCUGCUGAAAAGUCUCUCUGUAGUACAAGUGCAGAGUUUAUGCAAAACGAUAAUAACACCAUAUAUGAAGACACAUUUCUAAAACAAAUGCAAUGUAUUCUUGAUCCACAAGAUACAGUAUUCCUUGAAGAUAUAAAACCAAUUGUAAUGGCAGAGUUAACUAAAGUUUUGCAAAUUGAUGAACUGGAACAAAAAUUCAAUGUAAGUGAAGAUGAGCAAUUAUAUGUACAUUCAGAAAAUACUCAUACUUAUAACCAAUAUCCAAACCAGAGUUAUAAUCAAUAUGGCUAUGAAGACUAUCCUCAAAGUAGUACAUAUUCACAUAAUUUAUCACAUACACGAAAUACAAGACCUAAAAGUGCUGAGGGCAUUGCUGACAGUAAUAUCUCAUAUGAAAACAAUAAACAAAACUAUGAUGCGUCUCAACCUAUUUUUCACAGACAACCAAGAAGUAAAAGCUAUAAUUACCAUGAAGUGAGUACAUCGUCUGUAAAUGAAUUUUACCAUAGACCUCAUCAUGACAGUGAAUCUGUGGAAGAUGUAAAGAGGACAGCACAAGAACAAUAUUUUAAUACAAAUACUGAGCAAAUAUCAGAAGAGGAUGACCCAUUUGCAGAAUUAGAUCAGCAAUAUCAUGUUGCCGUUGAUCAUGAUUUUAUAGAAAAUGAUGAUAUUCCUAUUCCUAAUCAGAGUAAUACAUAUAAUAUAGACUCAAAUAUUAUAAAAAAUGAAUUAAAAGUUGAACCUGACUCACCAGAUAAAAGCUCUAAAAUCAUGGUUGAUAUUAUUGACAGUCAGUUACAAGAUACUGCUAAAUCACCUCUAAAAUCAUUUCUCACAGCAAACACAUGUACCUCUGAAAAUUCGAAAAAUGACAGGAUGAAAGCAAUAUCAGAUAUAUCAAAUUCUAGUAACUUGCUAUUACAAGAUAAAGAUAUCAACAGUGUACAUGAAGAUAGAAAUGAAAAGUUUCAUUCUGAUUCUAAAGACAUGACUAAAGAUGGGGACAAAAAUGAUAACCCCGCAUAUACAUUAAAGUCUUCUACAUCAUUAAAUUCCCGUAAAAGAUCCAUCGAUCAAAGACCUUCUCACAGGAAAGAGAAGCGGAAAAAAGUGGAAUCAUGUCAAUCUGAAUCAGUUUUGAAUAAAAAUAUUAUUAUAAAUGUAAAUGAUUGUGCGUCUAAGGCCUCAGAAAAGUGUGAAGCACCAAAGUCAAUAUUUAAUUUAUUUUUUUCUAAAGAAGAAAAUAAAACUGCAUCCAAGGAUAAUAAAAAAGUCGUUUCAAAUGAUAAAAAUUAUACAGAAAAGCAUGUAAAAAGAAAAGAAACUCCUAAAAAGCCAACCAACAUAAAAAAUAGAAAAGACUCCACUUCGAGUCAACCCACAAGCCCCACUGAAAAUAACUCAAAUAAUAGUAAUCAAACUCCAACAAAACAAGACUCAAAGAUAACGCUUAAAACAAUAGAUAUGUUUACUGAACAACCACGAAAAAUAAAUGUUAAUCGUCAUCACGCCCAUAGGAAUACCGCUCUUAUACCAAGUGGAGUUCCAAAAAUUGGCAUUGAAAAGACAGAAAAACCAAAGGUACCCUUUUCCCGACAGAUAAUUAAAAGACAUGUUGCUGUUCAAGUCUUUAAAAAAUAUCCCUCGAAAGUAACACAAACUGAGCGAAAAAAAUUUGCUACUAAAGCUGUACAAACAGAUUUAAUUGUAUCUGAAAAGCCUGGUAUCAAAUCAAAUGACGCAUUUGAAAGAAUGAAAGAAAUCGAUCUAGAGAUACAAGUUUUGCUCCAAGAGAAGUUUAAAUUAUAUAACUCAAUCGAAGCCAAGGAAUCUGGUACAAAUUCGAUGCAAACAUUGGGAAUGACAGUAUUAAAUGUAAACCCAUUUGAUGAAGAAAAUGAAAUUACAUCAGAUGUUCUAGCCGAGGACACUAUAGUUGACGAUUUUACAAAUAUACCAGUAGAAGAACUUGAGAAAAUAGCCCUGGAAAGCGUUAGUCAUGAGCAAAUAAACGAAACACCAAAAUUGGAAAAAAGAGGUCGUCGCCGAAAAAUUUCAAGAAAUGACUCUAUUAAAUCAGCAAGCCCUGUGUCAGUCGGCAGGAGAAAAAACAGUAAACCUAAGUCACCAAAUAUAUCACUGAUAGAACAAAUUAUUACUGAUGACAGACCACUAGAAGAUAUAAUAUCUUUAGAUGAUUUAGAAGUACCACAGAUCAAAACAAAGAGUAAAACUCAAAAGAAACAAACUGCGAGGAAAAGAAGUCAUUGUAAAAGAUCUCCCGCAACUAAUAUUGAAAUGAAGGAUUGCUCAGUUGUGUUAAUGAGAAUUGAUUGCAGUCAGUAUAUUAAUCGUACGCAAUCUCAUGAAGUUGAAGCAGAAUCUGUCGAAGAAGAUGAGUCAAACAAAAAAGAUGAAAACACGAUAAAUGUAACAAUAGAAACAGAAAGACAAACAUCCAUAAAGCAUGAUGAAAAUAUUUUUGUGGAAAGUGUUGUUAACGAUUUAGAUAUUGAUAUGUUAGAUGUGUCAGAGGACAUUGUAGUGGGUGACAGCUGCGAAGUUAAAAGCUUAGAAGAUAAGGAAGCUAUUGAAUCGGUACCUGUGCCAAUUAGUGAAGAAAUUAUCUUAGAUAACAGUCAAUCAUCUUUGGAAGAGGCGUUGCCAGUUAUGAGUCAAGGCGAUGAAUGCAAAGUGUACGAUUACUCCGCAGAUGAAAACUUGCGUCGCGAUUCUGUGGUCGUGUCAGGCAAUGCUGAUGCAGUUCUAGCCAUAGAGUGUGUGGAAACAAACUUCCUAGCGGCGUGUUUAGACGGCAACGUCUAUUACUUUAACAGUGAAGGGCAGCUUAUCACGACCUUGCGGGGGUCGAACCUUGCUGUGACAUGUUUGACCAUCGUCAAGGAAAAACAUGGAACAACUGUGUAUACAGGAUCAUUGGAUUCUCGAAUACGCUAUUAUGAUUUGGAGACUGGCUUAGAAAAGGGACCCGAGUGUAAUGUUUUAAGUCCAAUACAAACUAUGGAUAGGGCGUGGGACACCGUGUUUGUGGGCACGCGGACCGGUUUUGUGUUGCAGUUUGAAUGCAAGAACAACAUGUUAAUACCGGUCAGUUCAGUGAAGUUUUCGGACCAAUCAAUUCUGGCCCUUAGAGCUAUGAAGGAGGGGCCACGUAAAGUCCUCCUCGUGGCUGCCAGAUCUGAGAAUGUAACCAUAAAAGACGCACAAACUGGUCUUUUACUAAGAACUCUAGCUGGUCCCAAGAUGACUGUAUAUACACUGCUGUACGAAGAUGGGAAGGUGUACUGUGGGACCAGCAAUCAUCAAAUACAUGUAUUUGAUUAUACAAGCGGUAGUCACGUGGGCACACAUGAGGGCGGUAAGGGCGCGGUGUGCCUGCGCGCCACCGGAGGCCUACUGUUCGCGGGCUGCUACGACGGCUGCGUGUAUGUGUACAGGGAGGGCGAAGGGCAGCCCUUCGCGCAGAUACGGGGGCCUAGCCUCAUGUUGCUCUCUUUGGCUGUCGUCGGUAGUAAGAUUAUCGCUGGUUAUAAAGACAGAAGUUUGUACAUAUGGAAGAUACCACUAUGUAUUUUACAAGAAAUGAUUCUA